AUGUUACUCCAACUUACAGACUCGCUACUUAAUGAUAUGGACAAAGGAAAUCUCAGCGGUAUUCUCCUUAUAGACUUCCGGAAAGCGUUCGACCUUAUAAGCCAUGACCUCCUACUACAGAAACUUGCCAUUUAUGGUCUUAAAGAUUCAACACUCCAGUGGUUCAAGUCUUAUCUCACGGAACGAAAGCAAUUAGUGUCCAUCGGACGUGCAACUUCAGAUCUCCUACCAGUACAUACCGGUAUUCCACAAGGUUCAUCACUUGGACCACUUCUCUUCAUUUUAUUCAUCAACGACAUACCAUUUGUUAACAAAGACUGCAAUUCCUACAUCUAUGUAGAUGACACCACCUUGGUCAAGUCAGGGACAUCCAUCAACACCGUUUGA